CACGGGGAGAGACUAAUAAGGGCAGCGAGGCGUCCCCCGUCCCCACUCGCAGGGCGCUCAGUGCUCGCGGUGCUGCAGCCGCGCGCGGUCUCCGCUGCGCCUCCGAGGGCCCCGCGCGCGGUCAAGGUCUGUGGCCACUGGAUCCCAUGGUUCUGAGGCACCAUGACACCCGCUGGCUCUUGGAAGCUUUGGUUCUGGGCAGCGAUGCUCCUGCUUCCUGCUUCCGCUUCCGUGGUGAGCAGGGACAAGCCAGAAAAACAAUGUCCUAUACUGAGGAAAGAGGGACACCAGUUUACACCAGACUACAGAGAUGAAGUUGAAGUUUCAGGUUUUGACCUAGGAGAGCGCUUUUCUCUGAGACGUGUGUUUUGUGAAGGUGAUAAAACUUGUUUCAAAUUGGGAAGUUCACUUCUUAUUAGAGACACCAUUAAGGUGUUUCCCAAAGGCCUUCCUGAGGAGUUCGCCAUAGCAGCCGUGUUUCGGGUACGAAGAAGCACCAAAAAGGAACGGUGGUUUCUGUGGCAGGUUUUAAACCAGCAGAAUAUGCCACAGGUUUCUAUAGUAGUUGAUGGUGGAAAGAAGAUGGUGGAAUUUAUGUUCCGAGCUAUGGAGGGAGAUGUGUUGAACUACAUUUUUCAAAAUCGAGAACUCCGUCCUUUGUUUGAUCGUCAGUGGCAUAAACUUGGCUUCAGUAUACAAUCCCGGGCCAUUUCGGUCUAUACAGACUGUAACUUAGUUGCAAGCCGGCAUAUUGAUGGAAAGGGCACUGUGGACUUCCACGGAAGGACUGUUAUUGCGACCCGAGCUUCAGAUGGCAAGCCUGUGGACGUUGAAAUUCACCAACUUCAAAUCUACUGUAACUCGAGCUUCAUAGCUCAAGAAACGUGUUGUGAGAUAUCAGACCCUAAGUGCCCAGAGCAGCAAGGCUUUGGAAGUACUGCAGCAUCAUUGGUACCCGCUCAUGCCAGUAGAAUGUCUGCAUUUCUGCCAGCAAAGCAGGAACUUACAGACCAGUGCCAGUGCAUUCCAAACAAGGGGGAAGCAGGAUUACUGGGAGUUCCAGGCUCACCUGGACAGAAAGGGGACAAAGGAGAGCAGGGUGCAGUUGGUCUUAAAGGUGAAUUGGGUGCUCCUGGAAUUCCUGGGGAAAAGGGCGAAAAUGGUUUACAUGGCACUCCAGGCUUACCUGGUCAAAAGGGAGAGCAAGGUUUUGAAGGUAGCAAAGGAGAAAUUGGUGAAAAGGGUGCAAAAGGAGAAAAAGGAGAUCCAGGUUUGGCCGGAGUUAAUGGGCAAGAUGGUUUGAAAGGUGACGUGGGUCGUCAUGGUCCACCUGGCCCAAAAGGAGAAAAGGGAGAUAUGGGACCUCCAGGACCGCCAGCCUUAACUGGCUCCCUGGGGAUCCAAGGCCCCCAAGGUCCACCUGGAAAAGAGGGUCAGAGGGGAAGACGAGGAAAACCAGGGCCUCCAGGAAAACCAGGGCCUCCAGGACCACCUGGACCUCCUGGAAUACAAGGAAUGCAACAGACUCCUGAUGGAUAUUAUCACAAGGGAAACCUUGGUGAGCAUGGAGCUGGUGGCCCAAAAGGAGAGAAGGGUGAAAUUGGACCACCAGGAUUUCCAGGCUCUGUUGGCCCUAAAGGUGAAAAAGGAGAAUCUGGGGAACCCUUUACAAAAGGUGAAAAGGGAGAUAGAGGAGAACCCGGAAUAACAGGAUCACAGGGAAUAAAGGGCGAGCCUGGAGAUCCUAGUCCCCCUGGUGUAAUAGGAAGCCCAGGACUAAAGGGUCAGCAAGGACCCGCAGGCCCUAUGGGACCCAGAGGACCACCAGGAGAUACUGGAUUGCCAGGAGAACAUGGUAUCCCAGGAAAACAAGGCAUUAAGGGAGAAAAGGGAGACCCAGGUGGGAUUAUAGGCCCUCCUGGACUUCCAGGUCCAAAAGGUGAGGCUGGUCCUCCAGGAAAAAGCCUGCCAGGGGAACCAGGAUUAGAUGGAAAUCCUGGAGCACCUGGUCCACGAGGGCCAAAGGGAGAAAGAGGACUGCCAGGUAUCCACGGCUCCCCAGGUGACAAAGGCCCCCCAGGGAUAGGAAUUCCUGGCCGAACUGGCUCCCAAGGCCCAGCUGGAGAGCCAGGGAUUCAGGGUCCUCGAGGUCUCCCUGGAUUGCCAGGAGCUCCAGGGACCCCAGGGAAUGACGGAGCUCCUGGGAGGGAUGGAAAGCCAGGUCUGCCAGGCCCCCCAGGUGACCCGAUUGCACUUCCUCUCUUGGGAGACAUUGGGGCCUUGUUCAAGAACUUCUGUGGCAACUGCCAAGCCAGUGUCCCUGGGCUGAAAAGCAACAAAGGAGAAGAAGCAGGCACUGGUGAGCCUGGACAGUUUGAUUCUGUAGCCCAGAAGGGCGAUGUAGGGCCACGGGGCCCUCCAGGAGUCCCAGGCAGAGAGGGACCAAAGGGGAGCAAAGGAGAGCGAGGCUACCCCGGGAUACCUGGGGAGAAAGGCAAUGAGGGUCUUCAAGGCGUUCCGGGCCUUCCAGGUGCUCCUGGCCCGACUGGACCCCCUGGCUUGUUGGGAAGAACGGGACAUCCUGGUCCCUCGGGAACAAAGGGUGACAAGGGCAGCGAGGGACCCCCUGGGAGACCCGGACCACCUGGACCACCUGUGAGUUGUUUCAGGUUUAAAACAUAAAUUCAUGCA